AUGGCUGAAGCAGCCGCCGUUUACCCCCCGCUUGAAGCCAGGCCGCUCAAGAACACCAUCUGCCUUUUCGAUGUCGACAAGACAUUGACGCCAGCGAGAGGGACAGUCGCCCCCGAAAUGCUGCAGCUGCUCUCACAAUUAAGACAUAAAUGCGCUAUCGGAUUUGUCGGCGGAUCCAACCUGCCCAAGCAACAAGAGCAAUUAGGUUCCGCCACGGUUGAUGUUACCACCCUUUUCGACUUUUGCUUCGCGGAAAACGGCCUCACGGCGUAUCGCCUAGGCAAGCCUAUGGCCUCCAACAGCUUCAUCCAGUGGCUGGGCGAAGAAAAGUAUCAGAACCUAGUAGACUAUUGCCUGCGGUACAUUUCCAGCGUGAAGCUGCCAAAGAAGAGGGGAACAUUUGUGGAAUACAGAAACGGAAUGGUCAAUAUUAGUCCUGUGGGGAGAAGUGCGAGCACUGAGGAAAGAGAUGAAUUCGAGGCGUAUGACAAAAUACACAACAUCCGCAAGACCCUGGUGGAGUCCUUGAGAAAGGAAUUUGCCGAUUACGGCCUCACCUUCUCAAUCGGCGGCCAAAUCUCGUUCGACGUGUUCCCCACUGGCUGGGACAAAACAUACUGCCUCCAACACGUUGAGGCAGAGAAAAACAUCAGCGGUGUCGAGUACACCACGAUCCACUUCUUCGGUGAUAAGUGCUUCGAGGGGGGGAAUGAUUAUGAAAUUUACGUAGACCCUAGGACGAUUGGACACGAAGUCACGGACCCGGACGACACGAUGAAACAGCUAAGGGAGAUCUUUGGGCUAUAA